AUGGGUUAUCACUCUAACGGACACCUUCUUGCCGCUAAAACGAGUCGUUGUGAUGUGAAUAGUGAAUUGUCGAUAUUAGAUGUUAAAGAACACGAUGGAAAUCGAUUGAUUUUAAUUGGAAACUCAUGUGUGGAUAAAUACAAGGAAAAUGUCGAGUUACCCGCUUACGAGGAUGAAGUAUCUUCCAAAUUCGACUCUCUUGAUAAAUCGCUGGCGUCAACGAAAUUGUUCUGGAUGGAAAUUACGCAUUUCAUUCAACAUUUCGAUUUGAUCUACGUGUGUGAGUACCAGAAGAAAUGGUAUGAGAAGAGGCUCACUCAAACAGUCGAAACAAAUAUAGGGAAUGUGGAGGAAUGGAUUGUACUCCAACUCAACAUACAAGAACGACAGGAAAUCAGUGUAGAAGUUGCGGACUCUUUGUUGGACAAAAAUGUCUAUUUCAUGAGUAUCUACAAAGCCACCGCCGAUAACCAGUGUGGAGAUCUGGUGGAGACAGUCCACGACUGGAAUUAUUCUAUUUCUUGCGGACCCAUAUUUCUAGAACCUGGCUCUUAUUUUGUUGUGCUCACGGAGCCUUACGAUCGAACGAACCACAAAUUCGAAUGGAUCAUCAGAAGUUCGAUUCCACUCAACACUCAUUCAAUAUCCUUCGAUAGAAUUGACAAGACGUGUCUUGAACUGGCUCGUCAAAAUAUGCACUCGAUUAUUGAGAAAUAUGAUGAACGGGAAACUAUUGAGAACAUUGUUUGA